UAAAUGAUGGCCGGAAUAAACUCUUCGCCGGCGACGAUUAAGCUCUUCUUCGUUCUGUUUCUCGUUCUCACAGUCUCACCUCCAUCACCCAAUUUCGUCAAUGGUUUCUCCUUCCCUUUCUCCUUCUCACAGUACAAAACCCUAAUCUCAACCUCACGAUCCCUCCUUCUCCGCGUCGCGAACCUACGCGCUUCGCGCGGAGACGCGUUGGGAUCGUCUCGCGUGCGAGCCAUGGCCGAGGAGAUCGAUCGUGGGUUAGGGUUAGGGUUUCUGAGCAGAGCGUGGUCUGUUGGGUGGGAUUACAUUUGGAAUUACGCUUGGAGAAAGGGAGGGAUUGACUCCGGCGAGAUGUACGGUGCGAUUGGUGAUCUCAACGAGCUUAUGAGUUUAGUGACUGAGUUCAAUCGAGCUGAAUCGAAUGCUGAUAAAGCGAGCUCCAUUGCUCGGAGCUAUGAAAAAGCCCUUCGCGUUUCGAAGCAAUUGCUUCGUCGUCUUCUUAGGAUCUUUGGUAAAUCGGGUGCAUUAAGGGAGUUUUGGGAGAUGGUGCAAGCUGAAGUAGUCGAUGGAGAGUUACUACAAGACUGUCUCGAAGUUGGUAGCAACGACGUUAAGAGUUUGCUUCAAAUCGCAAAGGAUAUGGCUUUACAAUACUUUUCUUCUCAAAGCCGUUCCUCAGAUGAAUUAUAGCUACAAACCAGAGCUUUCAUGUACGUUUCUUCGUUCCAUUUUGUUACACAUCGUAUGUGACCCUUUUUGGCGCGUUGUAUUAUCUCCUGCAUUAGCAAAAUCCUCUAGGAAAUCUGCCUGAGCUGUUUUGUUUUGUUACAUCUUUUUUUUUUGCUUGAUAAGUUUUAAGAGAUAUCUAGACUAGAAAACGAUUUGUUUGUUCGUUAGAUGAGGUUAAAAGACUCAUAGACUAGAAACUCUGUUCUCCAUUGCAUUCAUUGUAAUUUUCAUCAAUCUAAGCCCACGUUUUUGUUAUAAAAAAGUCGAGGUAUUGAGAAAAUCUUUGAAAAACACAAGUCUAGCCAUUGUAGGUAUCCUACAUUUUCUGUAACUGGUGAAAUCUCCCACAUUCAUAGUUAGUAUUUUAUUGAUAAAACAACUGAAAUUCACAGUGUUUGAUUGGUUCUCAUUGCUGGAUUCUUGCCUCUAUGGUAUUGUAGAGUUCAUAAAUACAACAACCAUGUGGUUGUUGAAUGGUGGAAUAGAUCUGAAAAUCAGUUUUAUUUUUAUUUCUAAUUAUUCAGAAUAUUUCUUUGUUUGAACACGUUUGCUUUUUUAACUAAUUCACUCUGUCACAACCAAAUUUAUUGAUGAAUGUCCAUCAAUUUGUAUAGUAAUAAUUUAUUGAGUUUCUCUUUUCCACUCUUUCCCUCGUCUUAUUAAUCCUUUUGGUGGGCUGCUUGAAUCAGAAAGUUUUGAAUCUUGGUUUGAUAAAUUUAAUGCGUCCCAAAUUAUAUUUUUCACAAUUUAAGAAAACAUAUGCAAAACAGUGCAAAUGAGAAUUUAUUACUUUCAACUACUCACAUUUAGGUCUUAAGGUUAUGUCAUGAUGAACACCAUCAUCAUGACAUGGAACUCACUCUCUGUCUUUCAUUUAAUGUUUACUUCCAUCCUAACACAUGGCAAAUCCUCGACAUCAUUCUUCAACCGUUGAU